AUGUCUGAAGAAUUUAGAGAUCUUUACUACCACCAACCAUUUCAUGACGAUGAUGAUCGGAACGGUGAGAAUUCUUCUACAUAUACUCAGAAUCUGCAAAUGUUUGAUCCUUCUUCAUAUAUUAGCUAUGGGGAGUUUUUGCAUGGAUCCGAUAACGACAACACACUUACAAGAGCUUUUGGUUUGACCCCGUCAACCUCUGAGGUACCAGUGGGGGUGGAUGGCAGAGGCGGAGGUGGAGGUGGAGGUGGAGAUCUUGUCGGUGGUACUGAAACUCCGGCUACGCCUAAUUCUUCGAUCUCGUCAUCCUCAACCGAGGCGGCUGGUGAUGAAGAUUCAAACAAGUGCAAGAAAGAGAAUCAACAGAAGGUGUGUGUGGAAGAAGGAGAAAACAGCUCUAAGAAAGAAGCUAAAGCGAAGAAGAAAGGAGAGAAGAAGCAACGGGAGCCACGAUUUGCUUUCAAGACAAAGAGUGAGGUCGAUCAUUUAGAAGAUGGAUAUAGAUGGAGAAAAUAUGGACAAAAAGCUGUGAAGAAUAGUCCGUAUCCAAGAAGCUACUAUAGAUGUACGACUCAAAAAUGCUUGGUGAAGAAGCGUGUAGAGAGAUCAUAUCAAGAUCCUUCAACUGUUAUCACGACGUACGAAGGUCAACACAACCACCACGUACCGACAACUCUCAGAGGAAACGUUGGCGGAAUGUUUCCUUCUUCUAUGCUAACGCCACGAAUACCACUCCAAGGGACAAGUUUUCCUGAACACUUGUUACAGCUUCACCAAAUGACUAAUGACCAUCUCUACAAUUAUGGCAGUGUAAAUAAUGUCUAUGAUCAACAAAAUUUAACAACACUGCAGCAGCCUCAACCUCAACUUCCUGAAUAUGGGCUUCUGCAAGAUAUGAUUCCCUCUUUUUACCCUAAACAGGAGCCUUAA